CAACCACGACGAGUCGACGACCUUCGCGCCCCGAGGCAGCGGUCCGAGGCAACCACCCCACCACUCGCUCAUCAUCUACUGGAGGCCGCGCAUGCAACGGCGAGUCUGAGAGAGAGAGAGGAGAGGGAGGAAGCGAUGGCCGCCAGGGAGGAGCCGCUGCUGCGGCGGCGGGGGGAGGGGGAGAAGGGGGAGGGGGAGGAGGAGGAGGAGGAGGAGGAGGGGUGGUGGAGGAGGUGGGGGAGCGAGGCCGGGAAGCUGGCGUACCUGGCGCUGCCGAUGGUGGUGGUGAGCCUGUCGCAGUACGCGGUGCAGGUGUCCUCCAACAUGAUGGUCGGCCACCUCCCCGGCGUCCUCCCGCUCUCCUCCGCCGCCAUCGCCACCUCCCUCGCCUCCGUCACCGGCUUCAGCCUCCUCAUUGGAAUGGCAAGUGCACUGGAAACUCUCUGUGGCCAAGCUUAUGGGGCAAAACAGUACCAUACGCUAGGAGUGCACACCUACAGAGCCAUAGUCACUCUUCUGGUGGUGUGCAUUCCUCUAUCACUUCUAUGGGUUUUCAUGGGCAAAAUCUUGUUACUCAUAGGUCAAGACCCCUUGAUCUCGCAUGGAGCUGGGAGAUACAUAAUCUGGUUGAUUCCAGGGCUUUUCGCAAAUGCGGUGAUUCAGCCUAUCACGAAGUUUCUUCAGUCCCAGAGCCUGAUAAUGCCCAUGCUUGUGACAUCCGUUGCAACCCUGUUGUUCCACAUCCCUCUGUGCUGGUUGAUGGUGUUUAAGACUAGCUUGGGGUAUACUGGAGCUGCUUUGUCGAUAAGCAUAUCGUACUGGUUGAAUUUGGCCAUGCUCGUGGCAUACAUCUUGCUAUCAAGUUCUUGCAAGGAAACACGCACACCUCCGACAAUCGAGGCUUUCAAGGGAGUGGACGGGUUCUUACGUUUAGCAUUGCCAUCUGCACUGAUGAUUUGUCUCGAGUGGUGGUCAUUUGAGCUACUUAUUCUUAUGUCAGGACUUCUACCCAACCCUGAGCUGCAAACCUCAGUGCUCUCGAUUUGUCUCACAAGUAUAACCUUACUCUUUACUAUUCCUUAUGGGCUUGGAGCUGGUGGAAGCACACGAGUAGCAAACGAACUGGGUGCUGGGAACCCUGAAGGAGCUCGUGCAGCUGUCUAUGUCGUGCUGUCAGUUGCAGUGACAGAGGCACUUAUCGUGUGCGGAACUCUGUUAGCAUCACGGCGCCUCUUGGGCUAUGCAUACAGCAGUGAGGAGGAGGUCAUCUCUUUCGUCGCGAUGAUGGUUCCAUUGGUUUGCAUCACUGUGAUUACUGAUGGUCUACAAGGAGUUCUGUCAGGCAUUGCUCGAGGGUGUGGAUGGCAACAUUUAGGCGCAUACGUCAACCUUGGCUCGUUCUAUUUGCUCGGAAUUCCAAUGGCAAUCCUUCUCGGCUUUGUGCUACAUAUGGGAGCAAGAGGACUUUGGAUGGGCGUCGUCUGUGGUUCAAUAUCACAGACCACACUUCUAUCUGCUAUCACUUUUUUGACCAACUGGCAAAAGAUGGCUGAAAAUGCUAGGACGAGAGUAUUCGGUGAGAAACCAACGGACUGCUCGAGAUAUCAUCUACCGGAGUAGUUCCACUCCAAAUUUUGCUGGGGCAGUGGGUAAAUCUCAUUGCUCCGAUCUCCGACUUGCUCACCGAAGUGAUCAGGUAGUGAAGGCAUCGACGAACCACCUUUUUUUUUGCGUCAUCUUAUGUGAAAUCCACGAAAUGAGCCAGCCAGUCUAUCCUGAAAUGUUGGUUCAUUUUCACGUUGUUUUGCUCAGUCACACGGUAGGCAGGCACUUCCACGGCCACUGUACUAUUUGGCUAGAAAGAAAAAUAGGGGUUCCUUUUGUGCGUAUACAGUAACAGAAACUUCAAGCCGUUUCUAAUAAGCGCAUCUUAAUAAAAGGUCAUUUUAUAUUCC